AUGGCCAAUAUCGUUCGAUCCGCAAAGUCAGGAUCUGACUGGACGAUAAACGAGCUCAAGGCCUACAAUAUCGUCGUCACCCUCUGGGAUGUUGCUACUUUCUUCGGAAAUCCCAUCCUUCCCCAGCCACCCGUUCACCAAGUGAUUCUCGACAACGAAAGGUAUCCUGUUGGUGGGAUAGAAGACACACAUGAUCGAAUGUUCUUCUACUAUCUGGACGAGGCGAUGGCUAUUCCCCCUGGGGAAGAAUCUGCUGUUGGUGAUUUUUCCGCAAAUCUCCUCACCAUGCUCCAGUAUAACGUUCCUCAUAACCGUUAUAUUCGACAGCGAAAAGACAUUCCCUUCUUCAUUUGCGGGACGGACUUACACGCUAAAACCGAUGUCUGCGUGAUGGACCGGAACCUCGGGAUCCUGCUCCUCGUGCAGGAGGACAAAAGGCACCUGGAGUCUAAGGAUCCCGAACCUCAGCUUAUUGCAGAAGCGAUCGCCGCCUUUCAAUCUAACAAUUCGCGUCUGAGGAGGCUUGGACAACAGCCUCUUGCGCAGAAGACCAUUCCCGGUAUCACUAUGGUUGGUUCCACCCCCACAUUCUACAAGAUCACCGUUACGCAAGAUCUGAUCGACGCCAUACAAGUCGGCGAAUAUCCUGGGACUCCGACCACUGUGGAUAAGCUGCUGCCGCCUGUUGCGGACAUCGCUGAGCUAUCACAGUUUGAACUUGCUACCGAGAAUCUGGUCGAAUUUCGCGGCGAUUUGCUGGCCGAGCCCUCAGGCUACAAAGAUCUUCCAUUCGAAGGAGUGGGAGUCAACGAGUUGCUAGAAGGCCGGUCAGAUGUGCCCAAGAGGGCCCCGUACAAGCCACACUUCCGUGCAAAUUACAUGACCGGUUGGAUCAUGAAGGAGUUGAGAAUGAAGAAGCACAAACCACACUUAGAAUGCAAACAGUUGGAUAUGAAAAGCUUUCUUCUGUUGCCGACUGAUGUUCUGCACGGGGUAAGGCUGUUCAAUCCGUGUUCGGGUCGUUCCUUACCUUUCGUCCAGAUAUUCGAGUGGCUACACCCUGUGGACCUGUAUCACCUAUCGCAAUCUACGAGAACACUCAGAGGCGUAGUUCUGAAUCAAACAUACAGAGGGGCGUGGAAAAGUGCUUUCCGUCUGUACGACGAUUUGCCAACUUGCCCCGAAGAUGUAUCAGAGCCACAAUGGUCAUCUUUAUUAUUCGGUCCAGACACUUGUGAUAUAUGUGGGAAUCAUGGGGCUCUCGCUGACUUUGCCUUUCGGAAACGGCUAUGUUCUGCAUGUACAGACGAUCCCGACGACUGGCUCAUCAUUGUCUGGUCAAUGAUCCCAAAAUCAUCCCGUCGAAUUAGCACAACCUAUUUUACUGAGCACAUGACUGACCACUACGCUCGAUAUUUGAAAAAGGAUGUUGACGCAACAAUCGACAAGGUCAAACAUUUCCUUGCCGACAUCGACGCAGAUGUACCAGACGCGAUGGAAAACUAUCAAACUUUCGUAUUGGACACUGCAGAAAAACGUGAAAGGAUUGACCUUAGCGCGCAAAAAGCCAAUGAAUGGGCGCAAGGCGUUUAUGAAAAUAUUUGCAGUGAACACGAGCGCUUACAACAGGAAUUACUAAAGAGAUGCCUAACCCGACUUGUGAACGUUGGGCAUGAUUCACGUGAUACAAUUGCUGCUGAGCGGCUCAUCUUUUGUGCGUUGUUCAGAGCCAGGGAUAUCAUCCGAGUCACGCGCAAGGUCUACCGGAAAAUCAAGCCCGAUAUGGAAUUGAUGGUGUCCACAAAGAAAAUGAAGAGGCUGUCUUGGGAACGUCAAAAUCUCGUCAAGUCAUAUUAUACGGAGUAUCGCAAGACGCUGAAACCAGAACAGUGGGCAUACGUCCCACCUCUUCACCAAAAUUUUAAAGACAGUCCAUUCCGUGAUUUCCUCUCUUUCGAAUCUGAUCCUAUGGAGCUUUCAAGGGAAAACGCGUUAACUCGUUUUCCUCGGCUUAUUUCAGAGAUCAUGGACUCACAAGUCACACGUCUUGUUUCACUGCUGCCCGAAGAGACUGAACUCGUCAUCGCCCCCAUGGACUCGCGGGCCCGCCUAAGUCUGGCAACAUCCGUUUUCUUUUGCAGGGUAUGCUUCGACAACCAGAUCUGUGGUGUGGCACUCUGCGGCUGGACCAACAUUUGUCCACACAUGAGCAAUACUCUUCCAAGUUAUGAUUUCUCGAAACUUCACCAUAUGAAUCUACGGUUUGACUCGGUUGGCCACUUUGCUGUAUGCUCUCUUAUACGCUGUUUGGGGCUUGAUCCCGCGACAACGACACCAGAACAUCUUGACCUGAUUGAUGCCCGCUUUUUCUGUGAAGCAUGCCCCGUGACGUCUGUACGAGGCGUCCGAGGUCGGAAAGCGUUUAAGUGGACGGAAUGUAUUGCACAUGCAACGAUAGAAUCAGUCUACUUUUGGCGGCUUCUAACACCAGAAGCGACACAGUUUGUCAAAGAACAUGAGCCUCUCUUUCCCCCUGCCGAGGCGACUGCCUGGGGCUGCAACCACUGCCCGGAACACUUUGAAGAGAGUGUUUCCCUUUCACGUGCGAAGUUUCAUGUCAAAGAAACUCACAACAUUCAGUGGCCAGUCAUUGGCAAAGAUGUCAUUGCGUACAAGCAUCAGUUCCACCACCAGCCGCGGGGAUAUACUUCUCGGAAGCCAUUCCACUACGCACUGGAACCGCCUUGCCAAUUCAUGUGCAAAAUGUGUCCGAAGCGACCCGUUUCUAAGUUGUGGUCGAUGCAGGAUUUGAUGCCACAUCUGUGGAGGAAGCAUCAUAUAGCCGGGCCCCGUCAACACGACCAUUGGGAAAAAGUUGAGAUCACCGUGGCACGUUGA